GACCGAAUGGCGAUUACUCGACAGUGGCUACAACCUUUUCAUAGUCGGAGUGGUUUAUACGUUAUUCGCCCAUCAUUUUUUCAUCCAGUGUGUACGAUUCAGUAUUGACGGAAAUCUGAAACUUGGAACGUUAUCAGUGUAUUUUAAUUGGAAAUACUAUAUUUUGCAGCACCGUUUGGUGGUUUGGUUUUUUUUUGUACAUAUCGUGAAACGGUGAAACGGUGAAACGUAAACUAUUAUUAUAAACCUACUGAUGGUUUGGACGAAAAACCACUCGAUGAUUGUUUAUUGAACAUUUUAACGUAAAAUUUUCACUCCAUCAAGGAUCGUUGGUCUUUCUUGAAUCUAAAAUGGCGAAAUCGAUUAAUCAUUUGAUUGCGGACAUUGAAUACAUUCAUCAGUUGGUAUAUGAUUUAAGACUAAAUGAGCUACAACAAAUUUUAGAAGCUGUUAAGCAAAACAAAUCUGGUAGCAAACAAUCUUUAAGGAAGCGUGUCUUAAACUUGUUAACUGCUCCUGCACCAAAAACAAAAGUUUUGAAACAAAAAAUUGUACAAGUCUAUAACUCUAGACCACAACAAAACCAACAACAUCAACCACCACCGCAGGCACCGGUUGUACAACAACCAAAUUUUUUACAGCGUUUUAUUCGACAAUCUCGACAUCCGAUUCAUAGCCAAUUAACAGCGCCAAGACCAAAUCCUGUACAACCUUAUGUUGAACCCCCAAGUCCAGCAGUACAAUUUGAACACUUACCAUUCUUUAAGACAAUACAAACAUUAUUAAUGCCUAUGUACUGUCAGACUAAUAUUGAUUCUGCCAACUUUACUGGACUUUUUUAUCUAACAGAUAAUGUUAGACAUUCUAUUGUUAAAUCGUGGAAUAUUGCCAGGCAAGAAUAUAAAAUUCAAAUAAUUUUAAGAUUAUUACAAGUUGGACUUGAUGAAAAUGUAACUGAACGUUUACCUUACAAUAUUACUGUUUCUGUGAAUGAUCGUCAAUGUAAGUUACCUACAUUAAACAUCCCAACAAAAGCUGGCAUCACUCCAUGGAGAUGCAAUGUUCCUAUAGAUAUUACUCAACAAACAGAUUUAAGAAAUUGUUUACAGAACACAUUAAAAAUUACAUGGUCAGAAGAACCACACGAAUAUAUAGCUGGUGUUUUUGUGGCCCAAAAAUUAACUUGGAAUGAUUUGCUUGAAGAACUCAAUAAAAGACCUGUACGUCCCUCUGAUAAAACUAAAGAACUCAUUAAAAAAUCAAUGGAAAAUGAUGCAGAUAUGGGCGUGGAUUCCAUGUUUGCUACUGUUAAGGAUCCAUUAACUAAAUUAAGAAUGAAACUUCCUGCUCGAGGUGUAGACUGUAUACAUUUACAGUGUUUUGAUGCAAUACAAUUCUUGCAAAUGAAUGAACAAAAGCAAACAUGGACAUGCCCAUUAUGUAAGAAAAAACUUAAAUUUGAAAACAUUGAAGUUGAUGAUUUUUUUUUAAACAUGCUUCAAAGUCCAGAUUUAAGUGAAGAAUGUGAAAAUGUUGUUUUAUUAAAAGAUGGCACAUGGUCUGAGAGAAAAAAUAGAGAAUUUUCAAACCAUUCUGGAACAAAUGACUGUCGAUCUAAAAACAAUAUAGAAGUAUUUACCUUGUCAGAUUCAGAUGAUGAUGAUGAUGAUGCAGAUAAUAGUAGUAUUGACCUAGACAAUGUUAAUGAUGAUGAGAUUAUUCCAAAACCAAAACGUUUCAAAUAUAAUCCACCAAAAGUGGAAGAAUCUGUGAUAAAAUCUGAGCAUAUUGAAGAAACUGAAGAUCUAACAAAUCCUUCUGAAAGUGACAUUGUGUUAGAUUUAAGUCUUAAAAAUAAUUCAACAUCAGCUUCAGGUAGUUCAAAGUAUAAACCAAUUAUUACCUUAAAUGACGAUUCUAAUCCAUCAACUUCGGCUAGUUCAAAUUAUGAACCAAUUAUUACGUUAAAUGACGAUUCUGAUCAGUCAACUUCAGCUCUUUCAAAGUAUGAACCAGUUAUUAUAUUAAAUGAUGAACCUGAUCCACCAUCAUUAAUGGAAUCAACUUGUAUGUUCAAUAAUCUUUACCUUCCAAAUAUUGCAAUCUCAGGGUCCAACAACUGUGUAGCUAGUGGCUCUAGAAGUAGUAGAGAUAAUAGACAUCAAGAAAAAGAUAAAUCAAGAUCAGUUUUAUGUGUUAUAACAUUAGAUUAAGCUAAUGUAUUUUAGUUCUUACUAAUCUUAAAAUGUAUACAAUUUGUUAUAUUAAUAACUCGUUUUUAAAAGCGUAGUACAACUGGUAAAUAAUACAAUUUUUAUCAAAACAAAUAAAUUGUAAAUUAUCAAUACUUUUAAUAAUGUACAUGGUAACUAUUGAAUUUUUUACUUAACUUAAUUUCAAUACAGUAAUUAUUGUAAAUAAAUCAUGUUUUCCUAUGUUAAUUUAUGUAUGCAGAAUUUCAAAUAUAAAGGUACCACAUUAUAGCUUACUUCUGAACAUGAUUGUAGCUGUGGUAAUGAUAGCUACUGGAUUCUUUCUCAUCAGAAUAUAAUAUGUUCAAUUAUUGUUUUUAAUAACAUUGAGCCAUUCAUAGUUAAAAGCGUAAGCCCUACUAGAGGGGCUGGGGGCCCAAGACUUGUAAUACCCAAAAUAAGUUAUUGAAUUGUUUUGUAAAAUAUUAGUUAUAAUUCAACUGCGAUUCUUAUUUUUUUUUUUU